AUGAAGUUCUCAUCUGUUCUUGCAGCCUUGUCUGCAGUUGGCAGCACGCUGGCUCAGCAGACUUACACCAACCCCGUGCUUUGGUAUGAUCUCGCAGAUAUUGAUGUCUUCCGCAAGGGUAACCAGUACUACUACUCUGCCUCAACCAUGUCCUUUUCGCCUGGAGCCCCCAUCCUCAGAUCUGGAGACCUUGUCAAUUGGGAGUUUAUCGGACACUCGGUCCCCAGACUUGACUUCCACGACACCGCGUAUGACUUGGCUGAUGACAAGCAAGCUUACGUUCGUGGUAUCUGGGCUUCGUCCAUGCAGUACCGCGAAUAUGACGAUACGUUUUACUGGAUUGGGUGUGUGGAUUUUAAGACCACUCAUAUCUACAAGUCCAAGGAUCCUGCUGGAGACUGGAGCAAGGUUGGUGAGAUUGGGACUUGUUACUAUGACUGUGGCAUGUUGUUUGAUGGCCAGAACAUCUAUGUUGCUGUAAGUCUCUUUCAAUGGCCCUGGAAUCUUGGGCCAGCAACUGAUCCUUUUUCACAUCAUAGNUAUGGCAACACCAGAAUCAGCGUUGCACAGCUGAACAAUGACUUUACCCAAAAGUCGACCACCCAGGUCUAUAGCUCAUCCAUCACAAUCGAAGGGUCCCACAUGAAGAAGAUCAACAACAAGUACUACAUCUUCGUCACUCAACCUGCCUCCAAUGAAUACGUCCUCAAAUCAAACUCUGGCCCUCUAGGUCCCUACGAAUUCAGGAUUUUCACCAAAGCACCUGCCAGUGGUAUUCAAGGCAGCGGAAACCCGCAUCAAGGCAGUGUGGUUGAUACCCCUAAUGGCGAUUGGUACUAUCUCGGUUUUAUCGAUGCCUACCCCGGCGGCCGCAGUCCUGCCUUGGCACCUUUUGUGUUUGAUUCUCAAGGCUGGCCGUCCUUGAAGCAAGCAAAUGGCUUCGCAAUCGCAAACCCCUAUCCAGUAACUCCCGUACCCGUCAAAUCCACCACCGGCACCGAUAGCUUCACAAAGCUAGGCCCACAAUGGGAAUGGAACCACAACCCAGAUAUUUCCUCCUUUUCGUUUGCUUCUGGGGGCGGUCUAGUGCUCAAAACGUCUUCAGUGACUAAGGAUCUCUAUCAUGCUAGAAACACUUUGACGCAUAGGAUUUUGGGUCCUGGCAGUACUGCCACCAUCGCUUUGGAUAUCUCUAAGAUGGCCGCUGGGGAUCAGGCUGGUUUGGCUCUGUUCCGCGAUAACUCGGCUUACAUUGCCAUUCGCAAUAAUGCUGUUAUCCUGCAACGCGACCUCACCAUGGGAGCAGGUUGGAACACUCUCUCCACCGGCCGCACCGAAACCUCUGUUUCCCUUCCCUCGGGCACGAAAAACGUGUAUUUACGACUUCAUGCUGAUAUUAAACCUGCUGGCUCGCACCAAGGCACGUUUUCGUGGAGCACAGAUGGAAAGAGGUACAAAACGCUGGGCACACCGUACACCAUGAACACGACCUACUACNNUUUUUUUAUCGGGUAUAGGUUUGGUAUCUUUAACUUUGCGGAGAACAANUUUGGGGGUAGUGUCACGGUCAAGUCUUUUGAUUUGGCUCUUGGGUCCAAGUGA